AUGUUUUUCAAGAAAUCAUCAGUUUAUGCUUUAAAUCAAGUAGCAAAUUCUAAAACUCGUACCCGUAAAUUCUUUUGGAGUUUUCUUGUGGUAGUUGGAUUAAUAGGUUGUUGCUCACAAAUAAUUCGUUAUUUGACAGCAUACUAUAAAUAUCCAGUCGUAGUCAAUGUCGACACUGUUAGCGAAUUCAGCCAAACAUUUCCAGCUGUCACGAUAUGCAAUUUAAACGCUGUGCGGAAGAGAUUCAUUCCUUGCAUAUUGCAGGAACUGAGUUAUGAAGAAUGUAAUGAAUCUUUGUAUACCAAUCAAUCUAAAGAUCAGUUCCAGUUCAAUGUCUCACAACCAAACUGUUUCAAAGAAACCAAAAAGACAUUUAACCCUGAAACUCUUGAAACUAUGUGGUUUUACUUCUUGUAUUCAAAAAUAGACGCAGACAGUCGUAAGAAUUAUGGCCACCAAAAAGAAACCUUUAUCACAUCCUGCUCUUUCAAUCACGAAAUCUGUUCCCAUGAAAAUUUUACUUUGUACCAAGAUCCUGCAUUCGGAAACUGUUAUACCUUUAACAAGGGUUACGACAACAAACCUCCUUUAACCACUUCUUUUAUCGGCCCCAAUGGAGGACUGCAGUUAGAACUGGAUUUAGAAACUACCGAAUAUUUUUGGUUGACUGACAGAGUAGGAACAUGGGUUGUUAUCCAUGACCCAUAUGACGAUCCAGAGCCAAGUGAGGAAGGCUUAAGCGUUAGUCCGGGAUUUGAGACAAAUAUAGCUGUAUCUAAAAUUACUUUUUCACGGUUACCAUAUCCUUAUAAAGAUAAAUGUAUCCCUUACCAGUCGGGUGACAAUCAAAGAAAAUGUGAAGCAAAAUGUUUCAGAGAUGCAAUGUAUUCUGCUUGCUCCUGUCAAUUACCAUUCCAGGAUGUUGCAAGGGAUGCUCGAUACUGUGAUUUGGAAAACGAUGCCGAAAUUUGCUGUAUCUUUCAAAAGGUGAAAGAGAUAGAAAACAAAUGUCAGUGUCCACUCGAGUGCGAAAUUUCAUCGUAUGAUAUCAAAAUCUCCAACGCGAUGUGGCCAUCGGAAGCUUAUAUUACACCGAGAAUGGUAGACGCAUUCGAUGAAAACAUUUCGCGAGAGGAAUUUCGGAAGUUUAGUCUAAAACUUAAAGUUUAUUACGAUACAUUGCAGCAUGUAAUUUACCGACAGAAACCAAUGUUUGAUGAUUCUGAAGUGCUUAGUCAAAUCGGGGGACAAAUGGGACUAUGGCUUGGUGUCUCUUUAAUAGCCAUAUUUGAAUGUGUGGAAAAUUUAGUACUCGUGUGGCAGUUCUGGCGCAAUAAUCGUAUCCUGGAUCGUAUCUGAAUAAAGUAAAAAUAAAAAUGGUCAUCAAUCGAGUAAUUAUGGAUGAUACUUGUAAUUAAGGAUACCUGUAUUAAACGAUCAUCAACCAAUUAAAAAUCCGAAGUGUUAUAUAGUAUAUGCCUGCACUUAUAGAAAAAAUACUUGUAGAAAAAUUUGUAGCAAUUAGUGCGUACUAAAUCUAUUGCACUUUCUUAAUCUAAUGGUAGAGAAAUUAAAAACAGCUGCAUUACUUUCAAAUCUGUAUUAAUUUCUUAGAAUUCUUUGAAUAUGAUAUUCCAAUGCUCAGUGUAAAGUGA